CGAUAAUAAUAGCUGUAGCCCCUGUGGUUCGACUGGUGACGUUGGUGGUUGCAAUAAUGAGACCAGUACCGAUGUCUCCAGCCCCCGAUCGGCUAUUCGAAAUACUAAUACCGGCGACGACGAUCUCGGUGGCUCGAUUGCGAAUCCACGAAAAUCCCUAAACAUAGAGCCACGUCAGUCCCGUGCUCAGGGUAUAAGAAAGCUCCAGAAGUGUCUGAGCACCACCACCAACUAUUACGAGGUGGAUUCCUCGUCGUCGAACAGCGUCCCAACAACCUCGCUAUUCUCUGGUCACCGUAGCACUGAGAUGCGAGCCUGUCCGUCGAUCGGUCCGCAAGCUUCUUUGAACUACCAGACUAUCCUCUCCAACACCAGACAGUAUAACAGCUUCGACAAAUAUGACAGUUCGUUUCAACGGUCAAGGAGCUCGAGCAUGUCGUCGCUCGAGAACAUCACUACAGAAACCAUCAGCUGCCUUACGUUCGCAGAUUCCUACACGAAGAAAACUGAUACCUCUCCUGUACCAACACUCUGGAUAGGUACAUCGUUAGGAUCCGUACAAACGGUGAUAUUUAACACGCCUGUCCGUGGAGAACGGCACGCUCAUCCAGUUGUUGUUUCUACAUGUAAUGGAUCUUCUUUUAAGUUAAAAGGUUGUAUUCUAUUGAUGUCUUUCCUCGAUUGUAACGGUGCCCUGAUCCCAUAUUCGUACGAGUCCUGGAAAGACGAUAGCGCGGAGGGCAAAGAUCGGAACAAGAGCCAAAGUAAAUGUACAAAUACCCGAAUGUCACCGUCGAUGACUACGCAAGCAACUGCAGGCGAUGGCUUCGAAGAUCGUCAAUACGUGGUAUUAGUGUCUGAAAAGCAAGCGAGGGUGUUGGCGUUGCCAUCACAAAAUUGUCUAUAUAGACAUCAACUGGCUGAAACUCAUAUUGUAAUUAAAGCAGAAAUUACUACUAUAAAUGAUAAUAUUUGUCUCGUAUGCUACGUUUCAAAUGGGCACGUAGCUACGUAUAGUCUACCAAGUCUGAGGCCGCUGAUAGACGUAGAUUUCCUGCCUCUGAUAGAUUUAAGUUUUCAGACCACAAAACAUGGCAUUGUAGACCCCAUGUUGUCCAUAUGGGGUCACCAACUCUUUGUUAAUGGCGAUACCGAUCAAAUCGCAAAGACACUUUGCUUCAGCAAUAAGGGACAUGGUCUGUACCUAUCGUCGCCCACGGAGAUUCAGAAGUUUUCCGUUUCCAACCAAUUUUGCGCUGAAUUAACUGAAAUGAUGGGAGACUUGUUCAUUGGUCACGAUAUGCCCGAACCACCGAAAGAAAGCUUCUUUAAAGGCCUCUUCGGCGGAGGAUCACGAAGUCUUGACAGAGAAGAAUUAUUCGGCGAGUCCAGUGGGCGAGCAUCCCGUACCGUGGCGAGACAUAUACCAGGACCGAACGCCGGUGCGGAGGCUCUUCGUGAACGCGUAACAACCGCCACGGGCGAAGUGAAUAUGGCCCAUCAGAUGGUUUUGGAGCGCGGCGAGAAACUCUCGCAAUUAGAAGAACGAACGGCCCGUAUGAUGAACGAAGCGGAGGGCUUCUCUCAAUCUGCCCACGGAUUGAUGCUCAAGUACAAAGACAAGAAAUGGUAUCAGCUAUGAGAAUAUCGUUUGAAUUCGAACGGCACUUGGUACCGCGUGCGAUUGUAUUGUAAUUUAGCGUUCACACUUCACGUAUGAGUUCUGUCCUAUUAAAAAGUAAAAAUGGAAGCAAAACCGAAGACGAACGAAAUUCCAAAAUUGGACAUAUUGUGGACUUUGUACGCACAGAGAGGAAACAUAUUACACGGAAUAAAAGAGUGAAAAUCGUGUGUGUAUGACUGCGUAUGCGUGUGCCUGUUUGUGUGCGUGUGAUAGAGAGAGAAAGAGAGUGAAAGAAAGAAAAUUAAUAGAAGAAAAAGAAAACAUAUUCAUGCGAUACUUGUACGAGCAGGUAAUACACACGCACAUCUUUCAGCGAAAUGUAUAG